AUGGCCCCGGGCCCAGACUUGGAGCUCUCGGACGCGAUCACGGUGGGCUCCUCUGACGACGAUGAUCUUGACCGGACGUGUCCGAUAAGAACCACCGGUUCCUCCGUCAAAUCCGAAUAUCGUAACCCGAAGUCCGAGAGAACUUCGCCAGAGCCCAUAGGCUCAAUCCCUAGAUCAACAUACGUCAAACAACCUUCUCCACCAAAUGAGAAAGUUCCACUCGACGAAGAAACAACAGAUGGAUCUGUCAGCGAUGAUGAUCUUUUUAAUGAUGGACAGGCUGUCUACGAGCAAUUCAAAAAUCGCAAAUCUCGGAAGCGAAAACGAAGCUCGAUCGGUGUGCGCAAAGUCAAGCCGCCUAAAGUCGCGGCCGCGGAUGCUAUCGUCGGUCGGAUACCCAAGAAGGAUACCAAAGCGAAGAACUCGAGACCAUGGCAAGAAUAUGGAAAUGAGAUACCUUCUGAAGAUGAACUGAUGGAAUAUACUCUUCCCGAAUAUCUUCAAAAGCGCCGGCUUCGGUUUAACAGACGAAGGGAGCGUUAUAAGGACGCUGGUCUCAAACUGCCUCCAGACUACGACCAUAUUGACUUUUCCGAUGAUGAGAAUCUGGAAUUUCUGCAAGAGAAGCCGAAAUUUAGGGACAUCACGCCAUGCAAUGAAUACAAGGAUAUCACGCUUCCCUGCUCUUUGGGACUUAUACCCGCCCCCAUCGCACAGUGGCUUCGUCCCUAUCAGGUGGAGGGCACUGCAUUCUUGCAUGAGCUUUUUGUGUAUCAGAAAGGAGGGAUCCUCGGCGACGAUAUGGGACUGGGGAAGACUGUACAGGUAAUAGCAUUUCUCACCGCAGCCUACGGGAAGACGGGAGAUGAACGUGACGAGAAACGCAUGAGAAAAAUGCGGCGGCUUGAUAACAACGAGUGGUAUCCGCGAACACUCAUUGUCUGCCCCGGCACCCUCAUCAACAACUGGAAGACGGAGCUUUCCCGCUGGGGCUGGUGGCAUGUGGACGCCUACCAUGGAGGCAACAAGGAUCUUGUCCUCCACGCUGCGAGGUCUGGACGUGUCGAAAUUAUGGUCACCACGUACACCACAUAUCUAAACAACAAGGAUUCUGUGAACAUGGUUGAGUGGGAUUGUGUCAUUGCCGAUGAAUGCCAUGCCAUCAAGGAGAGAAGUUCUGAAACUACCAAAGCCAUGAAUGAAAUCAAUGCGCUCUGUCGAAUCGGCUUGACUGGUACCGCUAUUCAAAACAAUUAUGAGGAGCUCUGGACGCUGCUGAAUUGGACUAACCCUGGACGGUUGGGCCCUGUGACCACGUGGAAAAGAACCAUCUCUGACCCGUUGAAGAUGGGACAGUCGCAUGAUGCCACUGUGCAGGAACUGAGAAAAGCGCGUGUGACCGCCAAAAAGCUGGUGCAAAAUCUCCUACCACAGUUUUUUCUCCGCCGCAUGAAGACCUUGAUCGCAGACCAGCUCCCGAAAAAGGUUGACCGCGUGGUGUUCUGCCCCCUCACAGAAACUCAAGCAGAAGCGUAUGAGAAUCUGUUGGAUAGUGACAUCAUUACCUACAUCAAAACGGCCUCUGAACCCUGCGACUGUGCUUCCGGAAAGAAGGCCGGUUGGUGCUGUCGGCAGUAUCUGCCUUCGGGCAUGCGAUGGCAGAACUAUGUAUUUCCAGCCAUUCAGAUCCUGCAAAAGCUGAGCAAUCACCUUGCUAUUCUGAUUCCGCAGGGGAUCGAUAGCCGUGAGAAACAGGAAAAGGACAAGGAAAUGCUAGAGAUUGCGGUGCCCGACCAGUGGGAGUCUUUAUAUCGGUCAAGGGAUUCGCUUAUCAACUAUGCAAAUCCUGAGUUCUGCGGUAAAUGGAAGGUUCUCAAAAGGCUAUUGAGGUGGUGGCAUGCAAACGGGGACAAAGUCCUUGUCUUUUCCCAUAGUGUCCGACUUCUAAAGAUGCUGGAAAUGCUCUUCAAGAACACGAGCUAUAAUGUUAGCUACUUGGACGGUUCAAUGAACUACGAGGACCGCACCACCGUUGUCGACGAAUUCAAUUCAGACACUCGGCAGUUUGUCUUUCUGAUCUCCACGCGAUCCGGUGGAGUUGGACUUAACAUCACUUCCGCGAACAAGGUCGUUAUUGUCGAUCCAAACUGGAACCCUUCAUACGACCUCCAAGCUCAGGACCGUGCUUAUCGUAUCGGACAGACGCGAGACGUGGAGGUUUUCCGACUUAUCUCUGCCGGUACCGUUGAAGAGAUCGUCUACGCCCGGCAAAUUUACAAACAACAGCAGGCCAACAUAGGAUACAACGCCAGUUCUGAGCGACGGUACUUUAAGGGUGUCCAAGAGAAAAAGGAUAAGAAAGGCGAAAUCUUUGGCCUGGCCAACAUCUUUGAGUACCAAAACAACAACAUCGUCCUCCGCGAGAUUGUCAACAAGACCAACGUCGCCGAAAGCAAGGCUGGAGUGCAAGUUAUGAACGUCGAAUUCGACGAGACCGAACUCGACCCCGAAGACGGCCCUAAAGUCAAAGCGCAGUUCUCGGAUGAUGAAGUCAUGAGCCAGCUUGCCGCUAAAAUCCGAGGCGAGGACGAGGAAUCCACAUCAACACCAGUCAAGCACGACCCCAUCCAAGCCAUCCUCGCCGGCGCGGGCGUCGAAUACACCCAUCUAAACAACGAAGUCAUCGGCUCCUCCAAAGUCGAAGAACAGCUCAGCCGGCGCGCGCAACUAGCGGAUGAUGACAUGGCCAACAUGCAAGUUUUUGCGGGCUCACAGAAUGAACGCGUCAGCGCUUCCUCCCCCGCCUUCUUUCAGAAAGACGGCCGCCCCGUUCAGUUCAAAUACCACCCACCUGAAGGCGUGAUGAGACGGCAGUUCUGCAGUAUGGCAAAGCGCUUCGGCUUCCCAAAUGCGACGGAGUUUGCUCUCGUUGUAGAGGGAAUGACUCAAGCGCAGAGGCGGGCUUGCUUGGAGCGUUGGUAUAGGGAACGACGACAGAUUCUGCUAGGGGAUUCUGUAAAGACGGAAGUUAAGGACGAGCAGACUAUCAAGGGCGAGGAGCCUAUCAAAGAUGAAGCGACAUGA